AUGUCAGCCUGUCAAGAGAGCAAGAACAACGUUACCGUUGUAGCAAAGGGAGACUGUCUGCUUGAAAUACAAUGCCCGGCAAUUUCUAAUGAAACCAUAAACAAUGGCCGCAUUCUUAACACCAAUAGACUAUUUGGAUCGCUAGCUGUGUACGAAUGUAAUGAGGGAUACCGCAUUGUUGGAAACAGAACAAGAACAUGUCGGCUAAAUGGAACAUGGUCUGGGAAUCCUCCCAUUUGUCAAGGGAGCAAAUGCGAUACGCCUAUAGCGCCAAACAACGGCAACGUUACUACAGAAAUUUUGCAAUCUGUCGCUAUAGCUACAUACUCUUGCAAUGAAGGAUAUACAUUGAAUGUCGGAGGUAUUACUAGAGUUUGUUUGCCAAACGGAGUGUGGAGUGGAAAUCAACCGUCGUGUAAACAAAUACAGUGCCCGGAUACGUCUAAAGAAACCAUCAAAAAUGGCCGCAUUGUUAGCAACAAUAGACUGUUUGGAUCGCUAGCUGUCUACAAAUGUAAUGAGGGAUACCGCAUUGUUGGAAACAGAACAAGAACAUGUCGAGAAGAUGGAACAUGGUCGGGCGACCCUCCUAUUUGUCAAGGUAACAAAUAA